UCGGAAGGCAGCGAUGUAUAUAAAGCAAAAGCAGGGCGCGAAGCGUCCUCUGCAAAUUGAUCCACCUUGACAAGUCGCGACGAGUUGGAGCGCUGCCGGUGACUUCUGUUGGGAAAUUUACGCCCAAACCAAAGCUAAGAAGGUUGGUGACGUGGUUGUGGAGCCUAGCGAUGGUGCAGCUUUCUCCUUCCCCAACGACGGGCGUCACCCUCGAACAGUCGGCGGACGGCGCCGUGGUCGUCGCGAGUCCAAAGGGGGACUCGCCCGCCAGCCCCGACGCCCCGCCGAGCUUUGAAUCCCCCACCGCUUAUUAUGGAUACGAAGCCUACGUUGAAGACGGGCUUAUUUGCCUCAAACACAAGGUUCGCAACUUGGAGAAAAAGAAGCUGAAACUGGAACAUUAUAAGAGACGCCUGGACUCGGGUGAAACUCUUAAUAAAGACCAAAUGGCUGCUACUGAUAAAUAUGAGCAGGUGGUGCAUAACUUGGAGUUUGCCCAGGAGCUCCACAAAACGAUGGACAAUUUGACACAAAAUCUGCUGAAGUCACAGAAGAAGGCGGUCAAGAGGGAGCAACUGGUCACGUUAGAAGCGGAAAGGAGGCGGCUCUGCACGGUGCUGCAGGUCCAACACCUCCUUGCCAGCAUCCAACACGCCAACGUCAAGAGAGACCUGCUGAACGGGCGCAAUCAGGCGCCCUUCCUGCCGCCGCAGCGUCUGAACAGCCUCAGCCAGCUGGCCACGUUGCUCGGAGUGCGGCAGGAUGACAGAAUGAGUUUAGAGCAGCAGAUGGAGGACGCGGCUCUGAUCUACUUUGACCUGCUGGAGGGGAAAGAAAAACCAGUAGCAGGAUCCACAUUUAAAAAGCUGAAAGAGGAGCUUACCAAAUUAUUGAACUGCAAGUACUUCUCUUGUCUUCCAUCCAAAACGGCUCCACCUGUGUCAAAGUUGACGGAACCUGAAGUUUCUGAGGAGCGCAAAAUAAAGGAGGAAGUUACAAGGUCCGAGGAGCCUCCUGACUGCUGGGAUUUGGAGUUCUCAGAUGAAGGCAUUUCACUUAAGGCGCCGGUCCACAAGCCUUGGAAAGGUGCCGCUACUUUAAUCCCCAAAGCUCCUGACACCAGCAAGGGCAAAGCGGCUACUAGUGCACAGGGGAAGGAGAAGAAAGCUAAAAGAGAGCAAAAUGCCAAGAUGGAUGUUCACCAGGGUUUACCAGGAAUGAACCUGGACUUGCCGACCUUCCCCAAAGACCCUAUACUGAGGAAAAAACACUUGGAGGACCUGAUGACCAAGAUCCACGGCUCCUUCAGUUUCAUGCAGGAUUCACUUCUAGAUUGUGAUUCGCCUCCGGAAAACGGACAGUCCAGUUUUAAAAGGGAGCCACCAUCCGACUCGUCAUCUCCGCUAGCUUUCAAAAAGUCAAGUGAGGUGGUACCAAAAGAAAUGCACGUAAGCAGUCAUUUAGCUUCGACCCCGUUGCCCGCCAGGCUUUUGGACCCCAAAAUCAGUCUGACCAAUGGCGAUCAGUCCCUAAAAACCUUUGGGAAGGAGAUUUCCUCAAAUGAUCCUCUGCAUUUGGCGGAACAGAAGAAAUUUUCUCCGCCGUUGUUUUGCACCCCCGAGUCUCCAAUUGCUGUCAAUUUGAAGUCCACACUAGUAGCUGACACCCCCAAAAUUCCUCCCUGCAACGGGAUAGUGCCGAGCAUCUCCGUGACCCCUCCCCCGCACACCUUUUCCACGCCGCCUGGAAGGCAAACCGUCAACUCCGUGCAAUUUCAGAAUAGCCCGUCGGUCUUCAACGGGGGCGUCAAGGUGGAGAUCAGGCACGCCAACUCCAGCACCCAAACACCGCCUGAGUUUUUGCCUUCAGAGGACUACUCCCAAGCAAUGGGGGGGACUUGCGUUUUCCAGACACAUUCUAAGAACUACGGGCAUCUCCUAAGUGCUCCGAAAGACUCCGGAUCACAAAAUCUCUGUGGAUGUGGAGCGCAGCAUCAUUUCAAUGCCUGGCGCGCGUGUUCCCAGGUCAGCAGCCCGGACCGCGCGGAAGAAUACACAAUGGUGGAUUCCGGACACGGCGAUUCGCUCCCUGCCUCCGUCGUAGACGUCCCGCACAGUCCUCACGGCCACCAUCACGCCUCUCUACUUCCCGUGCAACUCUACCCUCUCUCCCAGCCGGUGAGAGUCGCGUUCACGGCCUCGCGCACGGUGAACUUUGCCCCGGGCAACCUGGACCAGCCCAUCGUUUUCGAUCAGCUGCACAGCAACCUCGGAGAGAUGUUCGACACCCACAUCGGCCGCUUCACGUGUCCCGUUAACGGCAUGUACGUUUUCAUGUUCCACAUCCUCAAGCUCGCGAUCAACGUGCCGCUUUACAUCAACCUCAUGUGCAACGAGGAGGUCAUGGUCUCGGCGUACGCCAACGACGGCGCGCCGGAUCACGAGACGGCCAGCAACCACGCCAUCUUGCCCCUCUUCCAAGGGGAUCAGGUUUGGCUCCGAUUGCAUCGCGGCGCCAUUUAUGGAAGCACCUGGAAGUACAGUACAUUUUCUGGCUUUUUGCUUUACCAGGACUGAGGUUUGCGUAGUCUGGCUGACGUCGUUAGGUCAGCCAGUAUUCCGGUCCGAAGCGUCUUCGGCGCAAAACCUGUUUUUGGUGGUGGGUGUGGUGUUGAACACAAGCAGCCAGUAUGUUGAAUUCAAAACCCAAACUAAAGAGGUCCGGUUGGGCUCUUAACGUGGCGCAAUAAAACAUUAGCAGUGA